UCAAGUAUUUCCUACAGUGCCUACACCGAACAGAACUUUUCCAACUAUCACAAACUAGUCACAACAUAUUCCCCAGGCCUACUGCCUACUUCAGCCCCAGCAUCCACAGAACAAUCACCAUGCCUAGGGCAGACAAGGCUCCUAAAGACAACAAUGAAAUCAAGGAUAACUCAGAAAUUGUUCUCCGCCGCUCCCUGAGAAACACCGUCCCGAUAAUAACUCCCCAACGACCGAAAUCCGGAACUGCAUCUACCGCUUCAAGCUCAAGUUCAAGUUUGAGAGCUCUUAGAAUUUUUGACAGCGGUCCGAAGAGCCCUGGAACGCCUUUGACCCCCUUAGUACUCGACGAGUCCAGUUCGAGCGUCGAAAGGAGAUCCCAUGUUACCAAUAGUGACACGUCUAAGCAGCUUUUGUUCAAGGAGAACACGUUGAAUAGAGGCAGCGCGUCUGCAACCCUGCCUUCAGAGAACGAGUUCUCAACAUCGACAGCCGCUGAAUCAAUAGUUGAAUCUCUGGAAGAGCUCAGUCCGCACGACAAUAAUCUGCUAGAUAAUGAUCUACUUUCAGCUGGUUUGAGCGAGUUGGGAAGAGAUGGCUCACCAUGUCCUCCCUCGAGGGCACUUAAAAGGAGGGGGGUUCGUCCAGCCUUGGCAGUGCAAAAUGAUUCCAUCCCUUUCACGACCAAAAGCGGUCAAUCGGACAGAAAAGGCAAGGCCAAAGACUUUUCUCCAUCAGGCGAAGUUACAAGGGGCAGAGCGGAAAGCAUUUCUUCAGCACCAAAGAAGGUGCCAGCCAAAAAGCCGCGAAACUUCGGCCUUAGUAAAGACAUAUCGAGUCCCUCGAAGGGAGAACGCCCGGAGACUCUCCCUGUCAUUGCAUUACAAACCCAUGGUGAGGGAAGAGUUUUCACCGACAAUGGCAGUAGUACCGACGGCCAACCCUCGCCGACGGCUGAAGUGAACUACAAUAAAGAAGCUGCUCCAUCACCACGUCGGGCGCCUUACAAACGCUCGGCAUCAAUGAAUACAACACUAAACCAGAGAUCUGGUCCUCAUUCCUCUCCAGCCGCUAGAAUAUCUCCAUCAAGGCAGUCUUCCAGCGAAGGGACCGCUUCCUCCAAGUCCCAUAAACUCCGCCGUCGCUCAACUGGGUCCCUCGACGCAGUAGAACCAGCAUCUCCUUCUACCACUCAAACCUUGGCGUUGGUCAACAAUGGACCAGAGCUUGAAUCGGCUGCUACAGAGCCUUCAAAUAUUGUAGGUACGGCUGGAAGAAAGACAUCCCGCCGACGUCGUCGGAUCGUACAAAAUAGAGAGCGGGGGUUCCCCAACCUCGAAGACUUCAACACAUCGAAAAAGUGCCAGAAAGGUCUGAAACCUGUGAUUCUGGAAGCUAUCCGGGGCAAAAAGCUGUCCAAAUAUGCCCGUUUACGAGCGCUUCGUCUUCGCGUUGAUAACAUGUGGAAAGCAUGGAGUGAUGCAGCCGGAAAGCUGCCUAGAUCACCAGCUACUGAAGACGACGGUUACAUAUAUAUCUUCAGGUCCAAGCCAGACGCUUUUCCGGGGCCAAAAUACGUCAAAAUCGGGAAAACGAAACAAAAACCAGAGGAGCGGAAAGAUCAGUGGGGGAAAAAAUGCAAAUUUGAAUUCAUACACGUCGAAGACGAGAAUGACAAACGUUUUCUUCAUUACCAUGCAGUCGAAAAAAUUAUCCAAGCGGAGUUAUAUAAUGAGAGGAGAAAAUACAAGUGUAAUAAGUGUAAGAAUUUUCACCAUCUGGAGCUGGGAGAAGGCUCUAUAUUGUCCACACCGACAGAGCAUGGCGAGUGGUUUGAAGUAUCAGAAGAGAAGGCUUUGGAAGUGGUCAACAAAUGGCGAGACUGGGUCAUCAAGAACGAACCUUACAGGCCAGACGGGACUCUUCAUGCCCGCUGGAUGUGGAAAUGCGCCACAGGGUCGUUUUGGAUGGAUGGAACGGAAGACGACUGGAUUGCGUGGCGAGAAUAUAAUUGGGUUGAGACCCUCAAAUGCGUCUUACAUCAUUUUAAAAUGUGGUUGGCAGGUGUAUCGCCUCUAGUGAUGGAGUUAUUGAUGGCUCCUGGAGCUGCAUUUGGACUCGCCCUCGUGUGGUAUUUCUGGGCUUGGGGACUCAACUUUGGAAGUUGUGUUACAUUUCUAGCAGCUGUCUUCGUACUUGUGUAUUUUUGGUUUGAGUUCUGUUAGUUCGGGUUUGACUUUGACAUUGCCAUAGCAUAGACGCUUGAGCUCUGGGGAGGAUCAAUAUUUCUUACAGCUACAUCAAUCUCAACCGCUCAGCUGGAGUGCGAGUUUGAGUGUCAAGAGAAGAUCAUCUUGAGUGAAUGGUGUUGUAAGAAGACAGUGAAAUUUGUGGUUAAAUUGUUAGACUUUGAUCUUCUUAGGGUUUAGCCCACCUCUGCCUUCUCGAUAA